AGAAUCAACCUCUCAUUAAUGAAGAAACGCGUAAUGCUGGCCCAUUUGCUUUUAACGUUGAACAGCUGCAGAAACUUGUUGAUCCAAAAAAUUUAGAUUUGCUUCAAGAUUAUGGUGGUACUGACAAAAUUCUUGAUGGUUUGAGGGUCGAUCGUGAUUCUGGUCUAAGAGUCGAUCAAGAAGAUAUAUCCUUUCAAGAAAGACGAAAGCAUUUUGGAAAAAAUGUUUUACCAAAAGUCGAUCAGCAAUCAUUUCUCUCCCUGGUUUGGGACGCUUAUUGUGAUAAAACCCUAAUUUUAUUAAGUAUUGCUGCUUUUAUUUCUCUUGCUCUCGGUAUUAGUGAAGAUUUAUCGAAGUCUUCUGAUGAACCACAUCUUGGUUGGAUUGAAGGCACUGCAAUCCUUGUUGCUGUUGCUGUUGUAGUUCUUACGAACGCGAUAAAUGACUAUCAAAAGGAAAGCCAAUUUAGAAAACUUAACGAUAAAAAGGAUGAUCGUAAUAUCAAGCUUAUUCGAGAUGGUAAAGAGCAACAAAUUUCGGUUUUUGAAGUCAAUGUUGGCGACAUUAUG